AGGAACCUCCAGUUCUCCACGGAGACCAUCUACAAGGAAGCCUUCAACCUGAACUUUCGGAGGUGGACAGGGGACGCGGAGGACGAAAUGGAAGGGGCGCCGGAGCUGUGCGGCGGCGGCGGGCGCAGGCGCGCCGUGCCGGGAGCACCGCGGUGCACCGCUCGCCUCGCCGCCGGUGGUGCCGGCGGCGAUCUCGGAGGUGGCGGCCUCUCGGACGCGGACUUGGCGGCGCUGCGGCAGCGCAUCGACGGGCUCCGCGCCAUCGAGUCGGCGACCUGGCGCCGGGUGUCCGAGGGUGGCGGCGCCGUGCCCCCGGGCCGGCUGCGGGGCAGCCUCACCGCCCUGGGCGACGGCAGCCGCAGGCUCUGCCUGUUCGGGGGCGUGUCCACCGAGAGCGGCCGCAUGCUGAACUCGGAGCCGGGGCGCGGCGGCGAGGGGGACGGCCGCACAGGGGAGUGGCAUCGAGUCACGCCGCAGGGCGCGCUGCCACCAGGGCGGGCUCACCACGACGCCGUCGUGGUCGGUGGGCGAUGGCUUGUAGUGCACGGGGGCCUGCUUGAUAGCGGCUGCAGGGACGACGACACGUGGCGGCUUGAUUUGUGGGCCUCGCGCCCAGCGUGGGAGCAGCUGGGCUUAGGUCCUGUCGUGGGUAUGGCUGCACCCCGUCCGGUCCCUCGCUUCCAUCAUAGCCUCGUGACGACAGAGGACGGCAAGAUCGUCCUCUUCGGCGGGCACAGCUGGCAGCGCGAGGCGCUGGACGAUGCCUGGGUGAUGGACCUCGGUGAGGAGGGCAGCCUGCCGGCAUCUCUGACCCUGUGGCGAGAGAUCGGCGGGGCGCAGAGGCCCGAGGCUCGCGCCUAUCACGCCAUGUCGGCGGUUGGUCGGCAGGUGGUCGUGAGCGGGGGGGAGCUGCAGGACGGGGGUGGCAGCGCCGAGCUCUGGGCGCUCGACACGCGGACGGAGGAGUGGUGCCGCGUGGACGCCGGCGAGAGCGGCUGGGCGGCGGACGCGCGCGGCGGCGCUGGGCGGAUGCGCCACGCGACCUGCCACCUGGGCCACGGGGUCCUGGCCGUGUGCGGCGGCCACGGCGGGACGGCGUCGGAGCCGCGGCCCACGCGGUGCCAGGUGCUGCGGCUCGCGGAGGGGGGAGAGGCGCGCAUGAGCUGCAGGCUGCUCCAGAGGCUGCAGGGCUCCGCCGCAGCGCAGGCGGAGGAGCUCCCUCCAGGGGAGGCGGGGCCCCGGCUGGAGGCGACGCUGCUGCGGCUGCCAGAGGGGCCGCUGGUGCUCUUCGGUGGCAACACGGGGGAGCUCACCGACGAGUUCGGGGACGGUUAUCACCAGCGCGGCCCCGCGGAGACGCUGGUCGCGGACGUCGCAGGCGGUGGCGACCUCGGCGAGUGGCGCGAGGCCUCGCGCGGCGCCCCGAAGCUCUUCGCGGCGCUAGGCUGCUCCGUGGCUGCGCUGGCGGAGACGUCGGAGGUCGUUGUCGUAGACACGCCUGUGGGGUCGGGCCCAGUUCGUGUGCACGCGUUGAUGCUGCGCUGA